AGACAACAUAGACAUUUGACAGACGGCAAGCCGCGAACUAAAGCGAAGCCGGGAUUGUAACGCUGUUUGUUAGCGUUUGUUUCUACAGUUUGUGUCAUCAAAUAGUAUUCGAAAAUGGCUUACAAAGGUCCACCGAAAGUCCAAAAGGUGAUGGUGCAACCCAUCAACCUUAUCUUCAGGUAUCUACAAAAUAGAAGCAGAGUUCAAAUUUGGUUGUACGAGAAUGUAAAUCUUCGAAUCGAGGGACACAUCGUGGGAUUUGAUGAAUACAUGAACAUAGUAUUGGACGAAGCCGAAGAGGUACACAUGAAGACCAAGAAUAGAAAACAGAUUGGAAGAAUAAUGAUGAAAGGGGACAAUAUAACAUUGAUACAAAACGUAAAUCCUAACGCGUCAGUGUGAUAGGUUAUAAAGUUUAGUUAUAAGUCCAUUCCUCGAGGUAUAAGAAAAGAACUUAAAUUUAUUUUUCAAGAAUGUGAUGUUUCAUCCUUGUCCAACACAAACAUCUGAGUUUACCUUAUUAAAGUUAAGAUUAAUUGCCAAAA